GAAAGUCAGCUCGGCGGUUAGCAGGAUUCCUGCCUUGCUCCUGACCUCUGUAAGCUGUAGACUGUAAGCUCCGUGGGCCAGACAGCCUUUUAUGCCUCUAUGUGUUUUCAUGUAUAACCAUCGCACGCUACACCUGGCUUAUCUCCAGUAACCGUCUUCGUUCAAAGAAAGUUACGUGUAAGAAAUGCAGGGCUUGCAAGAUGACGUCAUGAACGCGACGUUCUGGGUCACUGUGUUCCAGUGAUUGUAUUCCCCUCUGGUUUAGGACAGGAGAAAAGUGGCGAUCAUUUGUAAGCGAAUCUGAGUUGUAUUAGGCGUGCGCAGAAAGGAGGAGGAGAAACACGAUGCAACCAUCUCUAUAGAUAAGUCUGGCCACCAUGCUCCGUUGGAGGGGUCCUUUCUGUUUCUCACUGCGAUUGCUUCAGACUCAGACUGUGAAAACGGAACCGUUAUUGGACCAGUUAAAGAAAUGCUCCACAGAAUAUCAAGUGUUCCAGCUGCUGGGCAUGAACCGAUCCGCACUUUCGGUACAUCACGUGGGCUACGCAGUCAAUCUGCUUUGGUAUUUUCAAGAAGGGAAACCGGAAACAUGUAGAACACUUGGCCAAAUUCGAGAUCACCCAGAAUUUAUUGCUCUCCGCACAUUAGCGCGGGACAACGUUGAUCUCCUAGAUGACAAAGAACUGGUGGAUGUCUUGUACAACUUAAUGAUGUUUCAGGUGCAGGCGCACGAUGCUGUAAUACAGCGGCUGGUAGUUGAAGGAUGGAGAAGAUUAGAAAGACUUGAUCUUCCAACAUUAGCAAAGUUUGCAGUUUGCUUGAAAAAACAAGAUCUGACCACUAGUCCGCUUAUAGGACACAUGGCCAGUGUCGUGGACAGGGAUUUGGAAGAUGCGGACGAUCCUGUAACAUUGUCCUGUCUCCUCGUCUGCUUGCAGUCGGUAAGCUCACCAAACCUGCAGGAACGACUGGUCGAAAAGACAGAAUCCGUCAUCCAGAAAUUUGAGCUGUCCGACGUCAGGCAUGCGUUCAGGGUGAUGAGACUUUUCUAUAAAUAUAAGUUCACCUAUGUCUCCCUGCUGGAGAAAUACGACAACGUCUUCAAGCAGCACAUAGGCGCAAUGGAUGCCAAAGACCUGUCCAGCAUUGCUGGGGUGUACAAGCACCUACGACUAAACAAUACGGACUUCCCCGUUAUGGCCAAGCCACGACUUGUUGAGAUGAUGAAAAUGUGUAAUGAUCCCGAGACCUUUGUGGAUCUGUUUGAUGCCUUAAGUAGAAUGGUAUCUCACCAUAUGAGAGAUGGACUUGAAGAAAAGCUGCUGACCUUCAGUGAUGAGAUGAACCUGAGCCAUCUACUUGUUGUCCUGAGAGCAAUGGUGGAAAUGGAUUGCACAAAUAACGCCCUCAUCCAAAAAAUUUGCUCCCUCUUGCAGCAACAUUUGGAUAUCUGCAAACCCACACAACUACUUCACAUGACGGAGUCCGUGGUGAAUCUACCACACCAAAAUACCAAGCUGCUAAAAGAACUACAAAGGCAUCUGCAAAGGAACCUAAUUGCAAGCUUUAUACCAUCUGAAGUGGCCAGAAUGGCCAAGGCACUUUCUCUCUUGAACCUCAACCAAGUGGAUGAAGCUGUCCUUUCUAAAAUAGAUGCUAUAAUCCAGCAGUGCAACUUGCCAAGCAUGGAAAAGAUAGCCGUCCUACUUAUGCAGUUGUCAAAAACGCCUCGUUCCUUUGGGAACCACCAUAAAACCUACAGGGAACUCCUCCAAAAACUGAAGAGCUGUGCCCUGGGGAGACUCCAGCAGGUGGACAGCCUUGAUCUCUUGCUAGACGAAAUAAUGCAGAUCAAGAGCCGGCAGUGGAUGAAUGGAGAACUGGCCGAGGGAGUGCUGGACGCCUGCCAGCGCUUACUGCAUAAGGUCACCUGGAGGAACGUCACAAAACUUUCUAUUUGUUUAAUGCAGAUGAACGUUGCUCGAGCUCCAUUUCUACACACCAUCGCUGCAGUGACCAUGGAGGAUAUUACAAAGAUUCAUCCUUCCUGUAUCCUUAUAGUUCUCCGUCCUUUUGCUUUCCUGAAUUAUGAGCCACCUCAGGGUAGAGAGUUUUUUAACAUAUGCUUACAACAUGUAAUGGAGCGUAAAGAUUCGUUGAGUCCUUCGUGCUUGAUUCAGAUCUGUUACAGUUUUGCUUUGGUAAAACAGUUUCCGAAAGAAUUAAUAAAUGCUGUAUUCGACAUCAAAUUCUUAGGCCAGCUAGAUGCCCAGUUGGCAUCUUUUCCGCACGCUCAGAGCAUGAGUUUACGGUAUUAUCUUAUGGAACUGAAUCGUGCGGUUUGCAUUGAGCACCCAGAAUAUCAGGUUCCAUGGUUCCACGAUCCAUACUGUCAGCACCUGAAGAGGAAAGAAGUGACUUCCAUGAACCAGCUGCUUCAGGAAUUGCUAGAAGAGAUUUUAGGAGGAAAACAUUAUACAAAGGUCUCCGUAACAGCCCCGUACGGUUAUUCUAUAGAUUUUGAAUUCACGCUGGACAAGGACAAAGAGCCGAUGCCAUACCCGGAGCAGGACGGUGUCUAUGAAGGAACUCAGAGAUUUGCUGUGGAAUUGCUUAGCCCCAAGGCCUUCUGCCAAAAUACACAUUUAAAAGGACAAUUUGCAAUGAAGAAAAGGCAUUUGGAGAUAUUAGGAUACCACGUCAUUCAGAUACCCAGCUAUGAAUGGAAAUCACUGACUGUGUCAGAAAGAGAGAACCAGAUACAGUAUCUCAGGAAGAAGAUUUUUGUCAAUCACUGACCUGUACCCUAUUUUAUUGCCAUGUAACAAAAAAGAUAAAUAUUUUAUUAUA